AUGGUGCACCCCAACAUGUUUCCCAAAGUUGUUUCGUCCAAGGUGAAUGAUGAUUCUAAGCCGUAUGAGGUGAAUGAUGUUGCUAAAACGAUUGUUGUUGAGAUAGAUGUUGGGAAACAAUUUUCAAAUGAUCAAGUUUUCAAUACUCGUCAACAUAUGCUUGACUGGGCCCAAAUGGAAGCUAGCAAACUCGGGUUUGGCGUUGUGAUUGGAAGGUCCGACAAUGACACUAGUAGAAAGCAAGCAUUUGUAAUGAUGAUGUGCGAAAGAGGAUGGAUGAUACGCGGCGGUUUAGUGUCAUUUGUGGUUAGCAUAAUCAUGCGUUGGACACCAAGUUACAAUCAAUUUGUAGGUCGACUUAAGGCACUUAAGGCGGAGGAGAAAGAAAAUUUUUCAGAAAUAUCGAUAAUCAAAGUUGCACCGAGAAAUAUACUUGCAAAUUUGAAACGGAAAAGACCACAAAAUGUGUCAAAUAUCAAGCAGAUCAAUAAGUAUAGGCUUCCGCUUCUAGAAAUUGUUGGUGUCACUUCUACGGAGAAGACAUUUUUGGUUAGAUUUGCAUUUCUCGAAAGUGAGAAAGAAGACAACGUUACAUGGGCGUUAGACAUAUGCAAGAGUUUGUUGAAGGAUCCACAAAAUAUGCCUAGUGUCAUUGUAACCGACCGAGAUAACACCCUUAUGAAUGCAGUUGGUAGUAUGUUUCCUACAUCCUAUGCAUUACUUUGUCGGUAUCAUAUAACAAAAAAUGUGUGA